AUGACCGCGCGCGUGGUUCCAACCAUCUUAGAUCCGCUCAAUGCAUCCGCGCUGAACAAACUCACCGAGCCGGCCCAACCGCUGUUCAAAAAGCGCAAGAUCGGACAUGAAGCUGCUGCUGGACAGCUAGCUAGCUCAUCUAUAGUGAUUAGAGCCCACGCCGCCUCACUAUCCGAUGAACCACUCGUUUUCGAUCGCAUUACCACCCUACCACGCUCCAGAUUACCACUUUCAUGGCUUGAAGACGCGUCAUGGUCACACUCCGACGCGCAACCGGGCGGCUUGUUCGUUGCUGAUAUUCCCGUCCUCGAAAAUGAUUUAUGUGCCUGUGCAGAGCCUACCGUGCUUGCCGUGCGGCUGGUUGCAGAUGGAGGUUUAUACGUCAUUGAGCGGGUAAAGAGAGGCAUCUACUCGCUUAAUAGGCUUGCACGGUGGGUGCAUGAGGGUGAUGUUGUUGUUGCUGUGAAGGGAUGGCAGAGGUCUUCUCGAGUGGUGGAUAUGGAAGUUGAUGUUGAGGAGAAGCCUCUUCCUGUUCCGGAUGCUCUCAAUUGGUGGCAGGCUGCUCAGAUCGAAGAGCCUCUCUCUGAUCUCGGGCUAGGAGACGACUUCGCUGCGCUGCAUGUUGAUCUUGUGUAUGAGGAUAUCGAGGCGGAUGCUGGGCCUAUUGCACCUUCUUUUGUCGAUGUACCUGAGUUUCGGGGCAAUUCGGUUGCUCCUGCCUCAAAGGGUGUGAAUGGCGAUAUGGAGGCUUCGUUUACGGAGUCAGAGUCCCAGCGCAUGCAUCUGACGGACGCUAUGGAUGUCGACUUCACAGACAAUAAUGAUAUUGAUGGGAAGCAGUCACAUGAGGAGCUUUUGAAUGGCAUGAGGGACCAUUACCUGCAAGCACUCUAUAUCUCAAAGACAUCUCUGGCCUACUUUGCAAAGGGCCCCUUGACACGUUGCCGUGCCGCUUUUCAAUCGUCUACCCUUGAGCCAACUCGGAAGCCCAGCCAACUAGUCGACUUUUACCGUGAGGCUAUUUUGGCUGCGAAGAAGAUGGACCUCAAAUAUCGAGAAGCAUUGCCAGCAGCCGUUCAGGAGGCAGUGCUUGCUGUAUCUGAUGGUGAAAGGGGUACUAAAAAGCGGAAGAGCAAAAAGAAGAAGAUGAGUAAAAACGGUCUGUAUCCUGAAGAGGAAGACUUCAUUCACAAGUGGUGGAAGGACCGGAUCAUCGCAGAAUCAUCCGCUCAAGAGAAUUCACGUGAAGCAGAGACCAGGAAACACAUUUCUGAUCUUCGAUUGCGUGAAACGCAAUUGCAGAUUCUUCUAAUUCUGGAAGUGAUGGCUUUGGAAUGGACUCCCGUCGAGAAAAAAGAUGUAGAGACCAUAAAAGAGAUCGACGGGGACAAAGACACGCUCAAGAAACCCAGGCCCAAGAAAUCUCAGGAUUUGAACGUGCUCCUCGAACUACACCUCGACCGGCUGUGCAUCUGGCAUGCUGUUGGCCUCGAAGAACCUUCAACGGCCGACACGGCAAGAACAUCGGCUUUCAACGAAGGCCAUAUGUCUGGAAAGAAGGUCGAAAGUGAUGCCGUGCGUGACUUUUGCACCGAGGUCAUUGUUCCGUUCUAUGCGGCACGCUUGCCAGGCAAAUGCAAGUUGAUCACUCGAAAAUUUGGUGUAUCCGGUGGUAUUUCACCAGCGGGCAAGAAAUUAUCAAACAAGAGAGAGCGUCCUGGUCCUGGAGCCGAAGUCAAACGACAAGCGCCGCCUCAGAAUACUCGCCGCUCGCUACAGCGUGUCUUGACCGACGAGAAGGCUGCAGCGGCAUCUCAAAACCGACACCCAUCUCUCCAUCGGUCUAGCACAGCACCAAGUAAACAGGAAACGAGCCGUGAUUCUAUGGAGCCCUUGCUUCCCACUGUUCUAUCAGGGAAUGUGCGAGGUGGAAUCCAAGUUAAACGUGUGGAAAACCGCGAGGUUGAUCUUAAUGCAGUUGCUCGUCAGCACGAGAGUAAAUUGCGAAAGGUUCAAAUGUUGGUCGAUCAAAAGAAGGAACUUGAUGCUGCAAUUCACGCUCUGCGAAAACCAAACCGAGAGAUGGUCGCGAACGACAUUAUUGAAGAUGCGACUAAGCGGGCCUCCAGCGGAGGGGGUAGCUCCCGGAAGCCCAAGAACCCUGUUCGCAACCCAUACGGCCAAGGCGUGCAGGUCAUGGCAACACCUCGUGGCAAUCGCAAGAAGGAUGCGGUUGUCGGGAUGCCUCCACUACCUCGCAGCCUUAAACCUUCCAAAUCAUUUGCCGGGGAAAUGGAAAACCAUUCCCUAGCAGAAUCCCCGGUUAUGAUUCCGUCCUCGACUCGACGGGCAAUUUCAUUCUCUGGGCCCGAUUCAAACCCAUUCAAGUCUCGUCGCGCUGCAGAUACAGUCCAGAGUGGGCGCCGGCAGCAACAACCGACAGAGCUCGGGUCUAUCCAAGAAACCCCUACCCGCCCUCCAAACCGGCUGUUGUUUGAUACCAAACCCCGCAGCACUGAUCCCGGCCGUGUAUCUUCAUCUGCAAGCAAAGUGACCGAUCUUUUCCGAGUACCCCAGCUUCCCGAGUCUCGUACAAACCCUAGCGAACCGAUAGCGCCUUCAACCCCAGUUUCAUCCCGGCGUAAGCAUAUCGUCGCAACAUCAACACCGGAAUCAUCCCGGCCGCUCAACCGGGCUUUCGAAGGCGCCCGCUCCUUAAUAAUCACAGAGACACCACCAAAGCAGCGUGGUCUAGAAACCAUGCCUGAUCCUAGCUCUAUUCCGGCCGUUCCUAAUCUGCCGGCAAUGAUCGCCAACAAUCUCUGUGUGCCGUCUUCGCCAGUUGUCAUCAGUACCCCAGUCAAAGGAGCUGGCGUCAUUCCUGUGACACCGGACAAGCCACAAUCCAAAUCGAUCUAUGACCAGCUGGGCUGGGACGAUGAUGAUAUGGACUUAUUGUAG